AUGGACUUCGUUUUCAAACUUCCACGUACUUCAAGAGGUUCAAUAGGGCAUGAAGGAAUUUGGAUGAUAGUUGACCAACUCACCAAAUCCGCCCACUUCCUACCUAUUAAAGAAACCUAUUCCUUGAUGAAACUGGCUAAGCUCUUUGUGGAUGAGAUAAUGAGAUUGCAUGGAGCGCCUGUGUCCAUUGUGUCGAAUAGGGAUGCUAGAUUUACAUCUCGCUUUUGGAAGUGUUUACAUAAGGCUAUGGGUACUAGGUUACGGUUUAGUAUGGCUUUUCAUCCAAAAACUGAUGGACCUAAAGGACGAUUCAGACCUUGGAAGAUAUGUUGA